GGAGUAGAGGACUACCGCCGCUAGUCUACCUAUCUACCUACCUUUCUGGUCAUCGUCUCCCUCUGCUACCUCGUCUUGAUCUUCCUCGAAGAUGGAUCCUCCUCUCGACCCUCCUCUGCGUAUGACCUUUCUCCACCCAGGCAAAGCCCUAAGCGUCGCCGAGGCCCAAGGGAACAUCACUACUUUUCUCUCCUCUCGCUCUGCUCUAUCCUCUUCUUCCUCUUCCUCUUCAGCCUCAACUUCAGCAGCUGCAAUGGGUACUGAUGGAGCUUCAGCGGUAGUGACAGGAGUAGGAGCAGAAGGGGGGAGCUCGAUUCAUGCGCCGUUGCUGAGAUUGAGUAAUGCGUUGAAGGAGGAGGCGGAGAGGCAGAUUAGGGAGGAGAGGGCGGGACGGUAAGCCGUUUUUCGAGGUGGGGGAAAGCAGACUAGAGGGAUGACGUCUGCAAAGACUAUAAUAGAGUUGGAAGUCGGCUACACCGGUUCUUCAAGAUUCAUCACAAUGGUGACCAUCCAGGAGGCUACAAACGGGACACAAGUCUCUCCACUCGCCUUCAUUGCUCAGCUUCAAGGGGAUCGGCAAGCUCGGGCUGGAAUAAGGAC